CCUUAUAAAUUGUAGUAUAAAAGAAAACGCUCACCAAAGAUUCGUCAAGCAAUAUGAUCCAGUCAGCAGUAUUACUCGUCUUGGUCGUGGUUCCAGCUCUUGCUAUGCCUGGGCUGGCACGUGACACCGAACUCCAGACAAAUGAUGACCCUUUCUCCUUCCCAGACCUACCACUGUUCCCUGAUUUAUCAUGGUCAUGGGACUUGGGUUCUUCCUCUUCCUCUGGAUCGAGUUCGUCCUCCUCCACUGAAUGUGAAUCAUCCUCUGGAUCCUCAUCAAGUUCUUCCUCUGGAUCCUCAUCAAGUUCGUCCUCUGAAUGUGAAUCGUCUUCUGGAUCUUCGUCGAGUUCCUCUUCUUCCUCGUCGUCUUCUUCUUCCUCGUCUUCCUCUUCCUCGUCCUCAUCUUCAUCCUCUUCCUCAGGUGACAGCAUCGUGGACGCCGCCAUAUGGUCUGCCUUAAUGCAGGACUUUCUGCUUGAUGACGAUGAGAAUACCCAGUAGGUCAUGGGUUGGUGGAUGCCGUUCACGACGCCAGGAGAUCCCCAAAAGAUUAAUCAAGCCGGG